GGGAAAUUCCGAGAAAAUCCCGAUAGCAGGCCACAAGGACCGUGACAUGGAACGCACAGAUUUCUCUGUCUACACAACAUGAAUUCAUAUUGAUUUGCCGAAUUUUUUGUCUUAUCAACACUUUCAGAUGGCUAGUACAGAUCCUGAUAAAGCAGAGAAGGCUGCUAAUAGUCGCCUCAAAUCGUACAAAAAUGUAGGCCUUGAUUCUCAAGAAUUACGAAGAAGAAGAGAAGAAGAAGGAGUUCAACUUAGAAAACAAAAAAGAGAAGAACAGUUAUUCAAAAGGCGUAAUGUGUCUGUUCAUGAGGACAAUGAAGAUGAUGUUGGUGAUAUACAAGAUCCAAUGGUCAGCUCAUCUCUUGUGGGUGGCAUCACACAAGAUAUGGUACAGGCUUUGUAUAGUGAAAGUGUAGAACAACAGCUGCAAGCAACUCAGAAAUUUAGAAGACUAUUGUCUAGAGAGCCUAAUCCACCUAUAGAUGAAGUAAUACAAACAGGAAUUGUGCCACGUUUUGUGGAAUUUCUUAGAAAUGAUACCAAUUUUACACUACAGUUUGAAGCAGCUUGGGCACUGACAAAUAUUGCAUCAGGGACAUCAUUUCAAACGAGAGUUGUGAUUGAAGCUGGUGCAGUACCUAUUUUUAUCAGAUUACUUGCAUCUGAGUUUGAGGAUGUCCAAGAACAGGCUGUAUGGGCUUUAGGAAAUAUUGCAGGAGACAGCCCAGAAUGUAGGGACUAUGUUUUAAAUGAAAGUAUUUUAGUCCCUCUUUUACAGUUGUUGAGUAAAUCCACCCGUCUAACAAUGACAAGAAAUGCUGUAUGGUGCUUAUCCAAUCUCUGCCGUGGCAAAAAUCCUCCUCCUGAAUUUACAAAAGUUUCCCCUGCAUUACCAGUGUUAGCCAGGCUUUUGUUUCACAAUGAUGCUGAUGUGUUAGCAGAUGCCUGUUGGGCCCUGUCUUACCUAUCAGAUGGGCCAAAUGAGAAAAUUCAAGCUGUUAUAGAUUCUGGGGUUUGCAGGCGGUUGGUGGAACUUUUAAUGCAUAACCAACAGAGUGUGGUUUCUGCAGGACUGAGAGCUGUAGGCAAUAUUGUAACAGGAGAUGAUGUGCAAACACAGAUAAUUUUAAAUUGUUCAGCAUUGCCCUGUUUAUUACAUUUGCUUGGCAGUUCAAAAGAAUCUAUUCGCAAAGAAGCAUGCUGGACAAUCUCCAACAUUACUGCUGGGAAUAGAGCACAGAUACAGGCAGUUAUUGAUGCCAAUAUCUUCCCAGUUCUGAUAGAAAUACUGGGCAAGGCUGAAUUUAAGACAAGGAAAGAAGCAGCAUGGGCCAUCACGAAUGCCACAUCAGGAGGAACACCAGAACAAAUAAAGUUCUUAGUGCAGUCUGGUUGUAUUCCGCCACUGUGUGAUUUGUUGACAGUCAUGGAUGUGAAGAUAGUACAAGUAGCACUAAAUGGUUUGGAAAAUAUCCUCAAACUUGGAGAGCAGUAUGCCAAACAGCUGGGAGGGGCUAAUCCCUAUGCCGUGAUGAUUGAGGAAUGUUAUGGUUUAGACAAGAUCGAGUUUCUCCAGAGUCAUGAAAAUCAAGAAGUUUACCAAAAGGCUUUUGAGAUAAUAGAAAAAUACUUCGGCACUGAAGAAGAAGAUAAAACUUUAGCCCCACAAGUUGAUGAAAAUGCUCAACAGUUUCAGUUCAAUGGAGGACAAAAUGCACCCCAGGGUGGCUUUGAAUUUUGAGGAUUUAACAUGCUUUCUCCUGUUCAGAUUUGAGGAUGCUGUGCUACUAGUCAAGUCUGGCUGUCCUUUUAAGUCUUUUAAAAAGUUUUUCCAAAUUUAAAAGGCACAUUUGUACUCUGAGAUAUGGGGCAUAAUGCUGCUAGCUGUUGUCUGGUUAGAGAAUAUGAAACGGUGUCACUUCUGAAGAUUAUUAAGUAAACAUUGUUUGAAAUAUUGCCAUCAUCUAAGUUGUAAACAGCAUAGAAAAAAAUAUUUAUUUUGUUGGUCUUUCUGUAAAAUUGAAGUGUAAUAUAAAUAUUAUACUGAAUAAGUCGCUUCGCUUUAUUGUUAACAGUGGCCAAGUCAAGACUGAUGAGGUCUAAUACUGAUGAAGAAAUUUGCUUUAUCGCUGUAGGUAACUUUCCAAUUUAUCUAUUCUUGGAAACACCACUGACAUCGAGUCUGAUAUAAGCUUAAAAUGUUAAGUUGUUCUGAUGUUGCUCCACAGAUUGUCUAUUUUGUUUCAUAAAAAACUCCCAAUUGUUUGUGUUGGCUGGUUUCCUGCCAAAAUCUCAAACAUCUUGUGUGUGCAUUCAACUUGAGCAUAGUGGUGGCAACAAUCAAAAAUUGCCACUUUAAGCUUCCAAAUGUAGUGGCAGUACAGGUAAAAUGAAAUGACAUAUUUACGCAUGUGAAAAUACUUAGUAUUGCAUAUUGCUGUCAAGGUUAAAUGAUCAAGCUUAUAGUUAACACUCAGUUGUGCUUUACUUCAUGGGCUUGGGGUGGGGAAUGCAGCUGGAGUCAUUCCAUGAAAAAUUGUCAUUUGAGACUAAUCGGUUAUUUUGUGUAAUAUGUUCACAAUUUUGACUUGCUCCACUAUUUUCACAGUUUUAGUAGCCUCUAAUAUAAAAAGAAAUCAAUAGUAAUCAAAAGGAGGUAUAAAACACAAAAUAUGUGAAUCACAGAUAUGACCCAGAUGUUCAGUUUUUUAUGGUAUGACCCACUGAUGUGAUUAAAGAAUUGUUAAUGAGUGCAUGCAACCAAGUUAUCAGGCUGUUUGUUUUCAAGUAGUGGAGGAUGUGGCUUUAAAUGCCUUCCUUUUACAGGAUAUCAGAAAUUUGGAUACAAGGUACAGAUUCUACUAUUAUUACCCUUUGUGACACAUUCAUGUCAAACAAUGCCAAACAACUGAAAUUGAGAACUCACCGAAUGUAACAUGUACAUAAACACACUUGCUUACAUUCAUGUACAUAAAAACUUUUGUACAGAAAUCAAAGCCACACGAUAUUGAUCAACUACAAGGUUAAAUAUUGUGUAAAAACUUGGCUCUUUUCCAAUAAAAAUUAAAGAACA